CUGGCCCACACACACGCCCCUAAACCCGUGUGCGGGGCCCACCUCCAUGGAUCCCGAACCUCCUGAGCCCUCGGCCGGUGCCGUCUCGGUUACGCGCCAGUCGCCCAGCGCGCAGUGCGGGCCUGGUGCUCAGGACGCCAGCGCCGGAGGCGACGCAGGCACCAUGAGCCAGGACACCGAGGUGGACAUGAAAGAAGUGGAGCUGAACGAGCUGGAGCCCGAGAAGCAGCCGAUGAACGCCGCGUCGGGGGCGGCCGUGUCCGCGGUGGCGGCGGGCGGCUCGGAGAAGAACGGCCUGGUGAAGAUCAAGGCGGCCGACGACGACGCGGAGGCGGCGGCGGUCAAGUUCACGGGCCUGUCCAAGGAAGAGCUGCUGAAGGUGGCGGGCAGCCCCGGCUGGGUGCGCACGCGCUGGGCGCUGCUGCUGCUCUUCUGGCUCGGCUGGCUGGGCAUGCUGGCGGGCGCCGUGGUCAUCAUCGUGCGCGCCCCGCGCUGCCGCGAGCUGCCCGCGCUGCGCUGGUGGCACAAGGGCGCCCUCUACCGCGUCGGCGACCUGCAGGCGUUCCAGGAGAGGAGCCUGGGGGACCCUCACGCCGGCCGCGCCUGACCGCUCUUCCCCGUUCCAGGUCUGAAGGGGCGUCUCGAUUACCUGAGCACCCUGAAGGUGAAGGGCCUUGUGCUGGGCCCAAUUCAUAAAACCCAGGAAGAUGACCUCCACGGGACCGACCUGGAACAGAUCGACCCCACCCUGGGCUCCAAGGAAGAUUUUGAGAGUCUCCUGCAGUCGGCCAAGAAAAAGAGCAUCCGGGUCAUUCUGGACCUCACUCCCAACUACAGGGGCCAGAACUCGUGGUUCCUCCCCGCUCAGAUGAACACUGUGGCCGCCAAGGUGAAGGAUGCUCUGAGCUUUUGGCUGCAGUCUGGCGUGGAAGGGUUCCAGGUCCGGCAUGUGGAAGAACUGCAGGAUGCGCCUUUAUUCUUGGCUGAGUGGCAGAACAUCACCAAGAGCUUCAGCGAAGAUAGGCUCUUCAUUGCAGGGACUAAUUCCCCCAGCCAUCACCAGGUCUUGAGCCUACUUGAAUCAACCAAGGACCUGUUGUUGACCAGCUCAUACCUGUCAGCCCCCCUUGUCCCUGGGAAGCACGCAGAAUUCCUGGUCACCCAGUAUUUGAAUGCCACUAACGAUCACUGGUGCAGCUGGAGUCUAUCUCAGGCAGGGCUCAUGACUUCCUUCGUGCCGGCUCACCUCCUCCGACUCUACCAGCUGUUGCUCUUCACCUUGCCGGGGACCCCGGUUUUCAGCUAUGGGGAUGAGAUUGGCCUGAAGGCAGCUGCCCUUCCUGGACAGCCUGUGAAGGCCCCAGUCAUGCUGUGGAAUGAGUCCUGCUCCCUCAACACCUCAGGACCUAUAAGCUCCAACAUGACUGUGAAGGGCCAGAGUGAAGUUCCUGGCUCCCUCCUUACCCUGUUCCGGCAGCUGAGUGAUCAUCGGAGUAAGGAACGCUCCCUGCUGCAUGGAGACUUCCAUGUACUCUCAUCGGGGCUUGACAUCUUCUCCUACAUCCGCCAAUGGGACCAGAAUGAGCGUUUCCUGGUAGUGCUCAACUUUGGGAAUGUGGGCCAACCUGCCAGCUUACAGGCCUCCAGCCUGCCUGCCAGUGUCAGCCUUCCCACCACAGCUGACCUGGUGCUCAGCACCGAGCCAGGCCGUAAGGAGGGCACCUCUCUUGAGCUGGAGCACCUGAAACUGGAGCCCCAUGAGGGGCUGCUGCUCCACUUUCCCUACGUGGCCUGACCAGGACCCAUUACCGUUCCCCUCCACUCCCCAGGCCCUUUGGGUUCUGAUUUCUCUCCCUUUUUUUUUUACUGUCACAGAUUACAGAUGAGCCCCCCCAUAGGCUAUUUCCUGGCUUCAAAUAAAAGUCACCCCAGCCUGGUGA